AUGCACUGGAGCACCAUCGUCCUCGGCUUCAUUGGCAUUGCCAGUGCCCAGACACUCAACAUUCCCUCGCGUGUGGGAAGCAUCGUCUCAUUGCCUUCUCCCAGUGUGAUCAAGGGAAGCAUUGACUUGGGCAACCGGGAGUACGAUCGCGGUCGUGCCUGUGACAGCGAUGACGACACUGGCGAUGACAAUGCCGUGUUCAUCUUGGAGGAUGGAGCGUCCCUGAGCAACGUGAUCAUUGGAAAGGAUCAACUCGAAGGCAUCCACUGCAAGGGAGCCUGCACCUUGACCAACGUCUGGUUCCGUGAUGUCUGCGAAGAUGCCAUUUCCAUCCUCGGAACUGGAAAUGCUCUCAUCAAGGGUGGAGGUGCUCAGGAGGCCAAGGAUAAGGUGGUCCAGCACAACGGCAAGGGAACUGUCACCAUUGAUGGAUUCACUGUCGUGAAUGCAGGCAAGCUGUACCGCUCUUGCGGAAACUGCACCAACAACAAGAGCAAGAGCCCCCGCAAGGUUGUUGUCAAGAACGUCAAGGCCAAGGGCGUCGAGACUUUGGUUGGAAUCAACUCCAACUAUGGCGAUACCUCCAGCAUUAGCGGAACCUGUGGAUCUAGUGUUAAGCACGCGUGCCAGGAGUUUGAGGGAGUUGAGAAGUCUGCCGGCAAGGAGAGCCCCAAGCUCACUUCAACUGCUUCCUGCAAGGGACAGUCGUCGAUUUCUUCUUGCUAA